AUGGAUUACACUGGAUCUUCUUCUUCAUCAUCAUCAAGAAAAGGAAAGAAGAACAAUAAUUCAGAAAAUAGUAAACCAAGAAAGCAACCACAAAGAGGACUCGGUGUUGCUCAGUUGGAGAAAAUCAGAAUAUUGCAUUCUCAAUUGCAUCAUCAACCACCUCAUCCUCCUCCUUAUUUCAACUACAAUGAAGAUCCAAGACUACUGCAAAUGCCUGCAUAUUCAUCAUCAUCAUCAUCAUACUAUCAACCUCACACUAUCAACAUACCUGAAUAUGAAAGAUCAAACUUCAGAUAUGCUGGUUCUCAACAUGGCAAUAUCAACCACUGCUCUCCUGGUCAAACAAACAUAACUCAACCAUUUCUAAAUCUAUAUGACUCGCAAGACAUGAAUAUGCAUAGAAGUGAUUCUUUGGAUUUGGAAUCGAGUGAAACUCAAGAACCAGAUUUGGAGCUCAGAUUAUCUCUCUAUUAA